GGGAGCAGGGACUGCGGUCAUAAACAAACACACGCAGUAGAGUCGUUAGUAUCUUGCGAGCUCUGUUGCGGCGCUUUGGCAGCACCGGCUGACUUUCAGUAAAGCUGACCUUCUUCACGGACCGAGCUUUAGAUUCAAAACGGGGUUAAAAUACAGAACUUUAUCUGAAAAACCCAAGGAUUUGUAUCCCCUUCUCCCUCCCUCCUUCGCCCGGUCGCAGGCGGCUUAUGUGACACAUUAUCGUCCCGGCAGAGAAACGAGCGAAACAUGACGGAGCUGAGGAAGCGAGGUGGAGGCGGAGGAGACCCUGACAGCACCGAGAAUAUCAGCGACAAGAGACAUCCAGAGACAGCCAUGGCCAGAGUCAUUAUGCUUUCAUGAUGUCCAUCCAAUUCUCAAGAAUGUGACGUCUCAGGAAUGCUUUGAGGGGCUUUCUUCAAAUUUGGCACAAACGUUCACUUGGACUCGAGGGAGGCCGAUGGUGAUGACAGGCUGGGCUUGCAAUGCGACACAGAAGGGGAAUGUGAUGGUGACUCCAAAGCAGACACUCCAGAUGUUCCUCUCUCCACAGCGGACACAGACAACACUCCACAAUACCUGAACAAAGCUCUGGCGGGCCUGCCGCCCAGAUGGAAAAACUACUGGAUACGAGGGGUUCUGUCUCUAGCCAUGAUUUCAGGCUUUUUCCUCAUCAUCUAUAUGGGACCUGUCGCUCUUAUAUUAAUUGUCAUGACUGUCCAAAUCAAAUGUUUCCAAGAAAUCAUCACCAUCGGCUACAGAGUUUACCAUUCCUAUGAGCUGCCUUGGUUCAGGACACUAAGCUGGUACUUCCUGAUUUGCGUCAACUACUUCUUCUAUGGUGAAACUGUUGCGGAUUACUUUGGGGCUCUGGUGCAGAGGGAGGAGCCUCUGCAGUUCCUGGCUCGCUAUCACCGCUUUAUCUCCUUCGCUUUGUACCUCGCAGGUUUCUGCAUGUUUGUGCUGAGUUUAGUGAAGAAACAUUACCGCCUGCAGUUUUAUAUGUUUGCUUGGACCCAUGUGACCCUGUUGAUUGUGGUAACUCAGUCCCACCUUGUCAUUCAGAACCUGUUUGAAGGAAAGAUCUGGUUCAUUGUACCGAUCUCCAUUGUGAUCUGCAAUGACAUCAUGGCCUAUCUGUUUGGAUUCUUCUUCGGGAGGACUCCACUCAUCAAGCUCUCACCCAAGAAGACCUGGGAGGGCUUCAUCGGAGGUUACUUCGCCACGGUGGUCUUUGGCUUCAUCCUAGCCCACCUGCUGUCUCAGUUCCAGUACUUUGUGUGUCCCGUGGGCUUCAACAGUGAGACCAAUGGGUUCACAGUUGAAUGUGAGCCUUCAGAUAUCUUUGUGAUGCAGGAGUACACUCUCCCCGCUGUGUUACAAAACGCACUGAGUUGGAAAACGGUGAACAUGUACCCCUUCCAGAUCCACAGCAUCUUCCUCUCCUCCUUCGGGUCUCUCAUCGGGCCUUUCGGCGGCUUCUUUGCCAGCGGCUUCAAGAGAGCCUUCAAAAUCAAAGACUUUGCCAACACCAUCCCGGGCCACGGCGGCAUCAUGGAUCGAUUCGACUGUCAGUACCUGAUGGCCACCUUCACACACGUCUACAUAGCCAGCUUCAUCAGGGGGCCGAACCCGAGCAAAGUGCUACAGCAGCUGCUGAUGCUUCAGCCCGUACAGCAGCUCGGCAUUUACCACACUCUGCACUCCCACCUGAGAGAGAGGGGCAUGCUCCCCUCAGCUGCUGCAGCCCAGGCUGAAUAAAGGACCGCCGGCUUCGCUGGGCGACGACUGGAGAAUGUGUGAUGGUUUGGAAAGUUUGUGUAAGCAUGUACACACACACACACGGACACACACACUCUUAGGUAUGGCUGUAUGGUGUGUGUGUGUGAUCCCAGGCCUCUCUCCGAGCGUCCAUCGUCAUUCUGCCGACUCUUCAUUCGACUUCCAAGGUGACUCUCCAGACCACGUGGAAUAACCUCGUAGUAAAAAAUCCCCACGCACACAAUACCACCAACAACAACAAAACAAUAGGCAGCUUUGUUGCUUUCCACUUGGACCGGCACAUAAACUACAACAGGCAGUCCCCAUCCUCAAAACGUACAGACUGAAGAUAAAAUGUCUUAUCGACCAAAACCUAACUCUAAAGCACAUGGCUUUCCCAGCGCAGGUGGAUGGUGGAUGUGCAGUUUCCCUGUGGACGGCAAAUAUUGCACUGACUUUAGCUGAAGAAACGGAUUUAAGAAGCUUUUACCAGCAUAAACUGGGCCCAAGGUGCUGGGCACACGGACCUGAGCUACAGUACACAGACUGUUGAGACUCGUCUUUCUGGGGUUUGGGUGUGGUGAUGCAGCAGGGUUGUCAGAAUACUGUAGACACUGUUUUAUAUACUAUGCUCCAUUUAAUGGUCCUAACCUCACAGCAUAACAAAACAUGUAGCAUGUACGCAAGUCCUGUCUGGGCUACUGCUAAACUAAGCCAUGUUUAUUCUCUUCUUCCACAGCGUGAACUUUUAGCUUUUAGGUUUCUGUCUGAAUCUAAAUAACUCGCACAAAUAAAGUCAAUAAAGAUUGACUGUAGGCAUGUUAACGCAGAAACUAGAGCAUCAGCACUCAAGUUAAUGUAUUGUACAUAAAUAUACUGAAAAUAUUUAGCUAAACAAAUACCUAAUACAUACUAGAACUACUUGUGUGACCUGCUGGGGAAAUGAAAAAACACUUUUUAAGCUAUGAGAUCUGAUAUGCAAAACUAGAGAUGUGACUCAUUUGUAGCUUUUAGCAUGAACAAAUUAGAUUUAUAUGAGGGAUGUAGAUUUGAUCUAUGGUUUACUGGGUGAAGCUUUACCAGAGAUUGCAAAAAGAAUUUAAAGGAAUAGUUUGACAUUUGGAAAAUACGCUUAUUCUUGCUGAGAAAUGCAAGAUCGACACCGCUCAUGUCUGCAGCCGGAGGUAAAUAGUAUAAAGAUUGGAGUCGGACGCCAGUUCCUCAAUGCGGCUGACAUGGAUCAUAACAAUUGAAUUUUCUAGGCUAGCAUCCCUGUCCUGUCCCGUCUGCCCUGCUUGAGAUUGAUAAAUCCCGGAUCGGAGAGAAGAAUGAUAGAACUCUGGGAAUCACCUUUCCUCCAUUCUUCACUAAAACUGUUGCAGUCAUAACUUCUACCUUCUGUCAAUCCCAUCGUGGAAGUUAGUUUAUGUGGGGUCAACGUUUAAUUUAGAUUUAAAGUCGUAACUUUGAAAGAAAGGCAGUCGAGCGUUUUCUUCCUGCUUCCAGUCUUUAAUGCUGAGCGAGGCUGCUCGCUCUAGAAUCAACACUAGAUGCACAAACAUGGGCGAGUUAUUGAUCUUCUCUAUAUCUGACAGAAAUCUCAUUUCCCAAAUGGCAAAUUAUUCCUUUAAAAAGAAAUGCUGUGCUUCCUUUAUCAAUGUAACCAAUGAUUUUAGUUGCACUGUAGCAGUGAGGGGGGUGAAUGCAUCUGACUACUCCGAAGGUUCCCACCUCCUCAGACUCGAUGUUUGUUAAACUGUUAAAAGAAAAUCUUGCUUUUAAAGUCUUCUUAAGCAUUAAAUUAUUAAGUUUUGAAUGUAGUUUGCAAAUGUAAUAAGUUUG